AUGCCCGUCUACAUGCGCGGCUUCCUCCACCGUACUCCCGACUGCCGGCACGUCCCCUUCGUGCCAUCUCCCCUGCGUAGAUGCUCGAGGGCGGACCCGUUGUGCAGCUCGCAAGGGGCACAGGAGACGCUACCGCUUCGCUCUGUGAUCUCUGCCGCUCCUCCGGUUGCGAACUGUAUGACGGCCCAGAUCGUAACUUGCACGGUGCCCCAGCUUGCGCCUCGCGCGGUUGGGAAGAUGCACAUGGGUGAAAGCGAAAGCGACGCUGACGACGACGAUCUCCUCAACGACUGGGAUUUCCUCAAUGACCUUUCCGAGAUCAUUAACGGCGAGGACGAGGACCGCGCGAGUCGCCUAACCCUCUUUAAGGAGCAGCGCGACACAUUUGCCUCGUUUGAGCGCUCCUAUAGUGUGUUGGCGGACUGGCACGAGAAGGAAAUGGCCGAGUUCCAGAGGAGGCGAGAGAUGGGCGUGCCGCUCGUCGACGACAUCGAUGCCUACCUCCGUUCGCAUUUUCACCGUGCCCGCUGCGCGUUCGUCGCUCGCCCCAGUGGAGACUUGGAAAAGUAUCAGGCGCGCAAGGUGUCACGCAUUCAGGCAAGGGCUCAGGCGGAGGCCGCGGCGGAGGCACGCGCAUGGCUUGCGAGCGGUGGCGUGGUCGACGAGGCGGUGAGGCGCGCGCGACUUCGUGCUCAGGGGAAGGAGGACAAGAGCCACCCCGUCUACCGGAACCGCCAGACCUGGAAGCGGAGGUACGAGGCGAUGAAGGCCGCGGAGGUAGCGAAGGCGAAGGCGGAGGCGACGCUAGCUCAGGAGCGAGGAGAGAUGUCCGAGGAGGAGGUCAAGAAAAAGGCGGUGGGGGAGAGGGCCAGGAAGGCGAGGGCGGACAAACGGGCCUGCGAUCGCGCUAAGAAGGAUGCGGAGCGCGCGCGCAAGUUUGGUCAUGCCUUUCCGAGCUUGGAGAAGGAGAACAUGCCCGCGCAGCAGGCCGCGACGGUGCAGGACAACGGUCCAGAAAAAGUUGGGCCGCCGAAGCGCCAGCGCCUUCCGGCGAAGAAGCCCACGCCGUCCGCCCUCCUGGGCGUCGGGAAGCCAGGUGGCCUGCGCUCCCCGACGCGUAAGCCUACGCCUCCUGCCCUUUCUACGCGCGCCAUCCUUGGCUCUCUCAGCUUCUGA